AAGAUGCUGUAUUUUAUCAUUCUGUUCACUCAACGAGGAGCUGGAGAAAGAUCCUUUGUGAAAUAAGCUUGGAGAAAAAGCAACCUAGUUUAAGAAACAAUGAGUCAUCAGUCUGCCACUUCACAUCCAUCUCAAUAAUUUUUACAUGCACUUGGGCAAUCCUUAUCCAACCUGCCUUCAACCUCACUCAUAAGCACACUACCGGUGACCCCACUGCUGCUCCUUCAGGCUGGGUACGGAGCUGGUCUGGCCGUGUGCCCCUCCAGCACUGCGUGUUAGUGUGAGAUGGAGCGGCAGGAAGCAGGUGGUCGCUGCCGCUGUGGACUGUAAUGUCAGAGCCCAGCAGCCCCGGUGAGAGCCAGCGCGGCGCUCCCAGAUUCUUCGUGGGCUGCGCAGAGGAUGAGAGCGAGGGCCUGGACGAUUUCGCCAGCAUGAGGACAGAAAUAGAGCUGUACGAAGAUGACCUGGAGGACAACUCGCCUCCAGAGCAUCAGAUCGUGGUGGGGAUUUGCUGUAUGAUGAAGAAAUCAAAGUCCAAACCCAUGACUCAGAUCUUGGAGCGUCUUUGUAAGUUUGAGUACAUCACCGUGGUCAUCUUUCCAGAGGACGUCAUACUCAAUGAGCCGGUGGAAAAGUGGCCGCUCUGCAACUGCCUGAUCUCCUUUCACUCUAAAGGCUUCCCACUGGAUAAGGCAGUGAGUUAUGCAAAGCUCCGUAACCCACUGCUUAUCAAUGACCUUAAUAUGCAGUAUUACAUACAGGACAGGAGGGAAGUAUAUCGUAUUCUGCAAGAGGAGGGGAUAGAUCUGCCACGUUAUGCUGUGUUAAAUCGUGACCCUGACAAACCUGAAGAGUGCAACCUGAUUGAGGGAGAAGACCAAGUUGAAGUUAAUGGUGAAGUGUUUCUCAAACCCUUCGUAGAGAAGCCAGUUUCUGCGGAGGACCAUAACGUGUACAUCUAUUACCCAACCUCAGCUGGUGGAGGCAGCCAACGCCUCUUCAGAAAGAUUGGAAGCAGAAGUAGUGUUUACUCUCCAGAGAGCAGUGUGAGGAAAACAGGUUCCUAUAUUUAUGAAGAAUUCAUGCCAACUGAUGGCACAGAUGUGAAGGUGUAUACAGUUGGGCCAGAUUAUGCUCAUGCAGAGGCACGCAAGUCCCCUGCUUUGGAUGGAAAAGUUGAGCGAGACAGUGAAGGCAAAGAAAUCCGUUACCCAGUCAUGCUCACUGCCAUGGAGAAACUUGUGGCCCGCAAAGUCUGUCUGGCAUUCAAGCAAACAGUGUGUGGAUUUGACCUCCUCCGUGCUAACGGCCACUCAUAUGUCUGUGAUGUCAACGGCUUUAGCUUUGUGAAGAAUUCCAUGAAAUACUAUGAUGACUGUGCCAAGAUUCUAGGAAAUAUUGUGAUGAGGGAACUAGCUCCUCAGUUCCAGAUCCCUUGGUCUAUACCUACAGAAGCAGAGGACAUUCCAAUUGUCCCCACUACGUCAGGCACCAUGAUGGAGCUGCGCUGUGUGAUCGCUGUGAUCCGUCAUGGAGAUCGCACACCAAAGCAGAAGAUGAAGAUGGAAGUGCGAAAUACAAUGUUUUUCGAGCUUUUUGAAAAAUACGGUGGAUACAAAACGGGCAAGAUAAAGCUGAAGAAACCCAAACAACUACAGGACGUAUUGGACAUCACAAGGACACUCUUGGCAGACAUGGGACAGCAUAUUGACUGUGAGAUUGAAGAGAAGAAGUCCAAGCUUGAACAACUGAAGACUGUUUUAGAAAUGUAUGGCCAUUUCUCUGGAAUCAAUAGGAAAGUGCAGCUAACCUACCUUCCUCAUGGACAGCCCAAAACAUCCAGUGAGGAGGAAGAGACCCGUAAGGAGGGCCCCUCUAUACUUCUGGUGCUGAAGUGGGGGGGAGAGCUGACUCCAGCCGGCAGAGUUCAGGCAGAAGAACUUGGCAGAGCCUUCCGCUGCAUGUAUCCUGGAGGUCAAGGAGAUUAUGCUGGCUUUCCAGGCUGCGGCCUGCUCAGACUACACAGCACCUAUCGCCAUGACCUCAAGAUCUACGCUUCUGAUGAGGGCAGGGUGCAAAUGACUGCUGCUGCCUUUGCUAAGGGUCUUUUAGCACUGGAAGGGGAAUUGACACCCAUCCUGGUCCAGAUGGUUAAGAGUGCGAAUAUGAAUGGCCUUCUGGAUAAUGACAUUGAAUCCCUCAGUGGAUGCCAGCAAAGGGUGAAGGCCAGACUGCACGAGAUCAUGCAGAAAGAUGAAGCCUUCACAGAAGAAGACUUUGACAGGCUGGCUCCAACAUGCAGCAGUUCACUGGUGAACUCUAUGAAUGCCGUGGAGAAUCCAGUGAGCACAUGUGAUCAAGUCUACACCCUCGUUCAGAGCCUCACCUCACAGAUCCGCAAAAGACUCGAAGACCCCAAAUCAGCAGACUUACAGCUGUACCACAGUGAGACACUGGAGAUGAUGUUGCAGCGCUGGUCCAAAUUGGAAAGGGACUUCCGCAUGAAAAGCGGUCGCUAUGACAUCAGCAAAAUUCCUGACAUUUACGACUGUGUUAAGUAUGACGUGCAGCAUAACAGCUCUCUGGGCCUGGAGGACACAGUGGAACUCUUCAAGCUCUCUCGAGCACUAGCCGACAUUAUUAUACCACAGGAGUACGGCAUUAAUAAGGUGGAGAAGCUGGACAUUGCAUAUGCCUACUGUCUGCCUUUAGUGAAGAAGAUUCAGCUGGACUUACAGAGAACACACGAGGAUGAGUCUGUAAACAAGCUGCAUCCACUAUAUUCACGUGGAGUACUUUCACCAGGCAGGCACGUCCGAACUCGCCUAUAUUUCACCAGUGAGAGUCAUGUGCACUCCCUUCUUAGCAUAUUCCGUUACGGUGGCCUGUUGGAUGAGGAGAAGGACCAACAGUGGAAGAGAGCCAUGGAUUAUCUGGGUGCAGUGUCUGAACUCAACUACAUGACCCAGAUAGUCAUUAUGCUCUAUGAAGACAACAAAAAGGACCCAUCUUCUGAAGAGCGCUUCCAUGUGGAACUGCAUUUCAGCCCGGGGGUUAAAGUAUCUGAGGAAGAGAGUGCUCCAAUGGGCUUUGGCUUCCGACCAGCCUCUGCUGAAAAUGAUCAAAAGCAAACAGACCCCGGUAGUUUGGAGAACCUUGCACGAGAUGAACCUGAUCGGGCCUUACCCCUGUCUGAGGCCAUUAUCACACACAGGAAAUCCCCUCUGAUCCGGAAUCGCAAGACUGGCUCCAUGGAGGUUCUGUCAGAAAGCUCGUCUUCUAAAGGGGGCAGCUACCGCCUCUUCCCUUCCUGCUCACGUCAGUCUCCAGAGAUGAAGCAGAGUGGAUUAGGCUCACAGUACGCUGGUCUCUUCAGCACCACCGUCCUGGGGGGCUCCUCUAGUGCCCCCAACCUUCAGGACUACGCUCGCACACAUCGCAAAAAAUUUUCCUCUGGCAGUUUGACCUAUAAAGACGGCACACAGGAUGAUACUUCUGCAAUGUCGGUUAAACCAUUUCUGUGGUGGUAUGGCUCAGAGCCCCUGGAGGAGCAUCAGGUAGCCCAGCUGCUGAGGCGCUUUUCUACAGACCCCAGUAUUGGCCACCCUAUUUCUUUGGACAGUGCUUUUGCCCACCACCUCCAUCAGUGCUCCUACCAUCUCCGCCUCUUCCGCAACUGGUUAAUCUCCGGCCAGGACCCUCUUGAGUACCUCUACGGUUUUGAAGGCUGCUCCAUGGUGCCCUCCAUCUACCCUCUUGAGACUCUGCACAACUCCCUCUCGCUCAAACAGGUGAACAAGUUCCUGACAAGUGUGUGUGAGAUUGCAGGAGAUUCCCACACCAGGACGACCAGAGCACUGUCAGCUAUGUUUGAUUCUCAAAACCAGCCAUCAAUGGACUCUUACAUCCCUCACAGAGUGAUGUCAACCUCUGUUUCACUGCGCCAGCGGUCUGACCGCCCACCUUGGUACAGCAGUGGUCCCUCCAGUACUGUGUCUAGUGCCGGUCCCUCGUCUCCCACCACAGCUGACACUUCUCCACACUUCAGCUUUAGUGAGAAGAUAACCCUCACCCCUCAGAGCAGCGAGGAGAUCCAUUCAGCUCCACACAACAUCAGCCAAAGUGCUUCCACCACCUCCAUAUUCAGUAACACUGAAACCAGCCUCCACUCUGAGAACCCAUACCCUUCAAUACCAUCUCCCAUUCAGGAGAGACCCAGUGAAAUAUCACUGGACAGCACAGAAUUUGCAGACCAUUUGCAGACAGAGAGCCCCUGCUGUGAUGAAGCCCAACAAGUGUUAAGUCAGACCCUCGCUGAGCCCAGUCCUCCCUGCUUAGACUUGGCUGACAGUCUGCCGAGGGAGGCCUACUGUGGGCCGCCCAGCUCCCUGCCCGUACUCUUUGAGCUCCGAGAGAGCAGCUCAGAGGCCGGCUCCAGCGCUCAGACUCCACUCACCCCCGAAGAUCCAGAUGAGUUUUACGAUACCCAGGAAACAGUUGAGGCCUGGAUGGGAAGCCCGGGGAACCAGCCCCACUCUGGGACUCCUCUGGAGGUGGGAGCACCACAUGUGCCUGAGCCUUGAAGGAAAUGGGACAUGGCAUCUUCCUCAUACGUGCAGCUCUGCUGUCGCCCAUGUGUCCUUUUACCCUGGUCUAGAGCUCAAGCGUGCCCACGCUGUAGUGCCUCAAAGUCCUUUGUCAAGCCUCAGUCCAGUCCACCAUUGGGACAUUUGCCUAAAUAAUUCAAGGGACGUUUGGGAAAUGGAGGCCCUAAUAAUUUGCAAUCAGCUUGUGUGAGUCUGUACAUCACAUGUUACCACUUGAGACUGAUGUUCAUGCUUACUCUCAUGAAAUUUCCUGAUGUGAUUUUUACUGUAGUGGUCAUUCAGAGAUGCUUGGCAUGUCACCAUGCACUCUCUGUCGCAAUAGUAAAACGGCCAGUGAUAAGCUGUUCGAUGCACUGAAAUUCCAAUGUUUUUAUGUAUACAUAGUGGUAGGCAAGAUAACAUUGUCUCCAGAAGACCAUUUUUAUUCAUUGGCUGGUCUGAAGAGUAUUUUUAUAAGGGACAUUGUGUUUUAAACUAGCUUAUGUUCGGUGAAGUACGUUGACUGAGAUAGGCAGGCUGAACUUUUGAGUACUUGUACAGCUAAAGGCAUAUUAAUCAAAGCUAACAGUUUUAUUACUAUUUGCCAAAGUGUGCAAUACCACUGUCAUAAUUUAUUAAAUCAUUAUAAAUUACAUACUGUGUGUAUAUAUAUAUAUAUAUAUAUUAGUAUGUAUAUAUUAGUAUACAGUGGGUACGGAAAGUAUUCAGACCCCCUUAAAUUUUUCACUCUUUGUUAUAUUGCAGCU